AUGGCCCUAGCCUGUGUCUCGGGGAGAUGUGGCCUAUGCGGCUUCAAGUUUGACUGUCCCGACUGGAUCCUUGUUAGUAGGUUGCAUUCACCACACCUUUCCGCGAUUUGCUUAUUGACCUAUGUGUAUGUAGUGAAAGAUGACGGACAACAACAAUCAAGAAUGAUGUACUUUGAGUUAACUGUGUGGCACGAACAGGGCGCAACUUUCAAGACAUGCGGUAGCAAAUGCUCUCAUUCGGGCGGGCGAGCAAAAGGCUACCAUGCCAAGUGUGCCAACCAUGUCCCCUCAACAUCACUCGCGGUGCUCCUGAAGGCUUUGGCAUACCAACACGAACCUUUACCCUUCGAAAUUGCGAGACGCAUCAGAUGGAUCUGUCUACAGUAUGCGUCAAGAGCACCAGAACUUCGUUUCCAGAUCGCAAGGCACCUUCUUCAGGGCCCAACCCUGCACCGAUACGCUGCGGAAUGCACCCAAACCCUGCUGAAGUACCAAAGGAGUGGCAGCUCUCGCAUUUGCCUCUCAGCCGAAAUCUGGGCCCGAUUCAUCCAUUUCGAGGGAGGACGGUAUAUUUCAUCCCUCCGCAACUCACGCGAUGACGACCACACAGAGUCCAUCUUUACCCCUGACCUCACCCAGUCCAUCGAUUCCGUCUUCAUCGCGGAGAAUUAUCUUGGCGUGACGCAGAUCCUGUUUUGCAGCUCUUUCCAGGCUCCGUCUAUCAAGGCACGUGACGGUCUUUGGUGGAGGGUUAUUCGGCUGUGUGACCAUGACCAAACGCUGAUCACCCAAACGGACGUAAGUGCUUGCUCCCUUAUCAUGUACAGAAUUAACGAGUUACAGGGCUUUAAGCUACGUACCAUCGCACUAGACAACGAGGAGACUGAGUCUCGUGCGAAUCAUCCUUUGUGGUCCGUUCCUGCUCUGGGACCCGUUCGAUCGGUUCAACUAGGAAGAGGCCCGCCACCGGCUAAGCUGUCAAUGCUGGUAUGUAAUGAACCAGACGUCAUCGCCUAUUCGGCGUUGUGGAAUCUUGGGAUCAUGUCUUUGCAUGCCCAUACCACAGGAGGAGAUCUCGCACCCUACAAUCGCCAUGAAGAGGGAAUCUGGGUAUAUUUUCCUCUCGAGAAGGGAGAAAAGAUAUCCGAAAUCUGGCACCUCUCCCAGUGGCUCGAAGGGUCAGCUCUGAUCUUCAAGACAACCCAUGGCCGUCUUGCUAUUUUUGGACCUCGGUUCAUACCAAGAACAAAACCAUUGCCUCAGUCAACCUUGCUUGAUCUUCCACACCAAGAGAGGGGCAGCCGAAUUUUCUAUGAACACUCUCCAAUAGGGGUGCGCAAUCUGGCUUUUGAAACGGCUAAACCAGUGCCUCCUUCACAUUCAAUCACUCUCAACCAACCCUUGUCUCAACAUCCAGAAGCGGCCUUUUCCAAGCCUUACUUCUAUUCUGCAGCCAGUCUUGACUGCGUUGAUACGAUUGUGCCCUGUCAGCGUUACAUAGACGGCAGACGGCAUAUCAUCGGGCUGCUUCUUAAGUUUCCCGAGGGCCGUCAGUCGUGCGUUGGUCAGAUUCGUUUGGAUAGCUUGGGUAAUCCUAUUCAAGCGUACAGCCAUCAAAAUCUGUGGAUUGGCUUCUCUUUGGUACACCGCAGGCUGUUCGUGUCUGCCUUGACACUUUCAGAACCAAACCUUACUGAGGGCCUUUCGUGGCUAAAGGUACAACUUCAUGGCACCUUGGAAUGGUGGUUUUCCUCGACGCAAUGCCAAUUGCAUCACAUGGGGAAAUCAAGCCCAGAACCUAGGCGCUACUCGUGCCACACCCAAAGUGGUUGA